CUCAAUCUUAAGGAAGUGUACAGUAUGGUUAUAUUUAUUAUUCACUUGUCAAAUUGAUACUAAUAAGAUAAAAAAUAACUAAAGUUAGCUUAGUUCUCCAAAAUGGAUUCGAGUUCAUCAGAUGAAGAUAAUAUACAUACUUCAGAAAUUGAAAGUAAAAAGGAAACAUUUAAUACUGUUUGUGAAGAAAAGGACUUUGAAAGCAAUAUAUGCACUGAAGAGCCAGUUGAUGAUCAUUUGAAGGAUUUAUCUAGUAACAGUGAUCUUACCGUUGUUCUAAAUAAGACAUUAGAACCUGAAAAUAGCCCAAAUAAUAUGAAGUUCCUUUCUUCAGAAUUUUUUGACCAAUUUAUUUGUCAGCCUAGUACUAGCAAGGAAAAUCCUGAGAUUAUUAGGAAAGUGGAUGUUGAAAUGGACCCAGAUCUCAGUGGAAAAGUGAAUUGUAAUAUAUCGAGUCCUGAUUUAAAUGAAAAGAAUGAGUUAAAAGGAGAUACUGAAAUUCCCUUAUCUGAUUGUAGAUUUAGGAAAAACAUUGGAAAUUCUGAAGAAAAAAAGAGUGACAAUAAAGAAACAAAUAACAAUCCUUUAGGUGGUAAUCAAUCCUUUCAAAGCUUUGGAAAAUUUCCCCCAUCUUUUAAUUUCGUUCAACCUGAAAAGAAAAUUUAUAAUUCAUCUGAGGAAUAUUUCUCUGAUUUAAGACUCUGGUUGCAACAAGCAUUUUUUUGGCAAAGUGUGACUGCAGCCUUUCCAUAUUUUCUUAUGUGUCAACAGUUAGGACAGUUAUCUAAUUCUUCUUUUAAUCAGCAAGCACCUCCUGGGUUUAAUUUUCCACCACAAUUUCAAUUUCCUAUUUCUCCAUUCCAAAGUUCAGGUCAGCAAGCCAAUCAACCUGUUAAUCCAUCUACACAAAGUCAACAGACCACGACUAGGCCACAUAUUACUGAUGGAGUUGAAUGCCGCAUACCUAGUUUUUGGAAACGUAUUGCUGCUGAGUUCAUUGAUUUCAUGAUAUUAUUUUUUGUUAAAAUUGCUGUUACCUAUGUUGCUAUUGAUUUUUUUCAUUUAGUUGAUCUGGAUCAAUUAGACAUCCUUCAAAAAGAUUCAAAGUUGGCUUAUAAACAAUUUAUUCAAAUUACUCAAGAGAUAUUUAUCUUAGAGCUGAUACAUAGACUGGUUGUUUGUGUAUUUGAGACAUUUUGGUUACGAGGAGGACAUAACGGACAAAUUGGUGGUGCUACUCCAGGUAAGAGUAUUAUGGGUCUGCGAGUUAUCCAUUGUGAGUCUUCAGCUUUUAUUAGAGAAAGUGAAGGAAUUAUAGUGGUUAAGCCUGGCACAAAUCUUGGUUUGGCUACUGCUUUUUUCAGAUCUGUGGCUAAAAACUUUGUUUUAGCUCUUUUGGUUCCAACAAGCUUUGCAUUUAUAUUUUUCCCCCAUAACAGGACUGGUUAUGAUAUGAUUUGUAGCACAAUUGUUGUUGAAGAUCCUAUUAUUCCUCACCGAGUAAAUGACUGAUUAUAAAUGAUUAUCCUUUAGUGUAAUUAUUUUAGAGAUAAAAAAUGAGGAAUUUCUGUAUAGCAAUGGUUAUUAUAAUCUGUUACGCCAAUUUUUGUUUUCAUUAUCAGUUAUUUUGUGAUUCCUUAUUCUUGCAGACUGAUUUAAAUUAAAUUAUCAAUUAAUUAAUCAAGAUAAUAAUUGAAAAAUUCAAUUUAAAUGUUUAAUUUUCAUUUUCAUCGAUGGAUGUUGAAAUGUAUUGCUAAAUCACAUUGCUUUGCUGAUAUGUAUUUAUUAUUAAAGGAGGGCAGACUAGUUUGUGAGAAUUUUUGAAUCAUGAUGUAUUGUUUUACAAUUUUAGGCAGUUAGUUUUUUAUAGCUUUAAAAAUGUCCUUAUGUUACCAAUUUUAGGAAUAUUGUUUCUUAAUCAUCAAAGCAAUAUUUUGUUGUUUCUGCUUGCUUUUCUAUACUUUGAUAUGUAAUAUAAAAACUUGAUUGAACAAAUAAAAAUCCAUUAUUUAAUGUAUGUUUGUAGUUUUUUAUUACUUUUUAAUUUGUUUCUUUAAUGGUUUUGUGAUACAUUCACCUCUACACUUUCAUAUAAAUUUAUUUUGUAUUUAUUAAAGAGUAUGGUAUUGUUCAUAUGUUGAGUCAAAACUGGACAAACUUGGUUUAUUUAAAUACAGACAUUUUUACCAUAAUAAUUGUUUAAU